AUGUACUUCCCUCGGAAUUGGCGCAACCACAAUCUCUUCUAUAUCCUAGUGGCCAUCGAGUUCCCUCUCACCGUGAUCAUCUUGACAUUCGCGGGUAUUGCCUCCCAUGACACAUACCGGACCAAGCUAUGGCAGGAUGGCGCAGACAACGGCUUCAACAGUGCCCCCGAUGAGGUUGUCUACGCCGCUGCAAACUACCGGUCCUUCAAGGUUCCUAUGGUCUGGAGUACAUUUAUUACCGACUAUAAUCUAGUGCUGAGCGUUUUGAGCACUUUUUUUAUGAUAACAAAGGCCGCCGUCCAUGUCCUCCGCAUUUUCUAUCCGCCCUUGUCGGUCAUCAUCCAUGCCGGCUUGUUCGCACUCUACAUCGCUUCUGCAGCGUACCAGGCCGGCAGUGAUACAUCAGACCCUAAACACCCCCAACGAGGUCCUCCAUGGUACAUUACGAAGAAAUGCUCCGUGGCCUCAAAUCCCGGCAAUGUGGGGUAUUGCCAACAGGCAAAAGUGCUGUUUGCUUUCACCAUAAUCAUAAUUGUCCUCUACUUCGUCGAAAUGGUCAUCAGUGCCCACUCCUGUAUCCCCACGGAAGAGGAGCGAGCCGAGUACGCCGAGCGCCGCGAAGAAAAGAGAACCAUGAAAGAAUAUGAAGACAUGGUGCUCAAGUCCCCCAUGAUUCCCAUGACUCCCGCCGCACCUCCUCCAGAGGCGAUGCAGGGGACACAAGCGCCGCCCAUGAUGACACCCCGCAGCCUUGCUUUCAACCGACUGGGUCGUGACUCGUCAGAUCUUCCCCUUCGGGAGCAUUUCAGUUCGCCGAACCCGCGUCGCUCGUUGCACCAGGAGUCGGCGGAGACCCUGACGCCGGGGCAUCAGGCCCCAGUUCAGACGUAUUUUCCGCCGCCACCCAAAAAGGCGGCCAAGACGUGA